UUUCGGGUCCUUUCCAGGCCCGUCUCCUCACAACAAACCCCUUCCCUCAUCCUGUCUUCCUCAUACGCCACCGAGUUACCGAGUUUCACAAGCCAAAGAAACUGAGACCUCGAGCGGAUUACCAUCACCACCUUCACUUGUCAUCAGAAGCGGCAGCGGCGGCCAAGAAGAAGAGCAGAAGAUGAUGAUGGGAACGACAGGGAGGAGAAGAGAUGCCGAGGCUGAGCUCAACCUGCCGCCGGGUUUCCGAUUCCACCCCACCGACGAAGAGCUCGUCGUUCAUUACCUCUGCCGCAAGAUCGCCUGCCAGUGCCUCCCCGUUCCUAUCAUCGCCGAGGUCGAUCUCUACAAGUACGACCCUUGGGACCUCCCAGGGAAGGCGUUUUUCGGACAGAAGGAGUGGUAUUUCUUCACCCCGCGCGACCGGAAAUACCCGAACGGGUCCAGGCCGAACAGGGCCGCCGGAAGGGGAUACUGGAAGGCAACAGGGGCCGAUAAGCCGGUCACGCCGCCUGGGAGCGGCAGGCCUCUUGGGAUAAAGAAGGCUCUGGUGUUCUACCAUGGAAAGGCGCCGAAAGGAAUCAAGACUGAUUGGAUCAUGCAUGAGUACCGGCUCGCAGACACCAAUCGAGCUGCCAACAAGAAGAAUAGUCUCAGAUUGGACGACUGGGUACUUUGUCGAUUGUACAACAAGAAGAACGUCUGGGAGAAGAUGCGGCGGCAAAAGGAGGAGGAGGGAUCCUCCGGAGAGAUGACAGACUCGAUGGAGGCUCACGACGACACGGCAUCGGACAGCUUCAGGAAUCCAGAAUCAGACAUCGAGAAUGAGGUGUUCCCAGACUUUGACAGCCUGGGGAAGAUUGGAGCUCAGCCAUAUCAAGCUUCUGAUGGAGUUCAAGCAAUGAGAACCGGCACAACUGGUAGCUUUCGGACAAUAGAGCGACCGAAAGAGGAUAGCGAUUGGUUUACCGACUUGAAUCUAGAAGAUCUGCAGGGCUCUCUAGCAGCAUUUGGAGCGACGCCGGCCAUGGACAUGUCGAACCAAGAUUACUACUUCUCGACGAUCGGCUCGCCGUACCUGAAGCCGAGCCAAACCAACAUGCCACCCUUCUGAAGUUAGGGGGGCCUUCACAGAACCAUUGUAUAUAGACCUGGGCAGCAUGGCACCUCAGGGGAAAGGAGGAUGUGUAGUGCAGCAAGUUUCUCAGGGAUUGUGGUGUAGGAUUCAUUUGUUGGUUUUUCUUUUGCUUUCCCUGGCAUUUUCAAACAGUUGUCAUUUGUUUCUAAAGGGAAUAAAAAAACUGGGGUAUGUAUAUGAAAACAUGACUUUAGUUGUGGAAGUAAAUCUUGAUUUAGUUUAUAGAAAAUGAAAGGUUCGGUUUUCAGGAAAUAUAGAAGCAGAAUUCCUACA